GAUAUGAUGACUACAACAAAAAUGUUACGAGAUGUUGCUCAAAAAAUGGAAAAGGAUAUGGUUACAUUUCCUGAUAAGCAACAACAGGAGGCUAUGGUUACUGAUUUAUUACAAUGUGUCGUGCGGAUUGGCAGCAAUUUGCUUAAUGCUUCUCAAUAUCCUUCGUGGAAAGACCUGACGUUUAGUGAACAAAUGCGUGUUGCAACUAGUUUAUUGAUUGGUCUAGAAGAAAAUUCAUUUCUACUUGCUGAUAUUAUGAUGAAGGAAAAGACAAUCACUCAUAGUGUUCAAAAUAUUUUAUUGAGUGUAAGAGUUAUUGCUACACAAAAUGUUAACACUGAAGUAUUUCCACAUUCGUAUUCAUCUAAUGCUGGAUUUUUCAUGAAUGACACAUGGUUACAAUUGCAUAGAACAGCAUUGCUUGAAAAUAGUGAAGCUGGUUUCAUAAGACUUGUUUACAUAGCAUUUGACAGUCUAGAAAAUAUUUUACAACCUCAAUCAAACAAUGGUGUUCGAAUAAUAAAUAGUAAAAUUAUAUCGGCAUCUCUUGGUAAAGGAAAACAUAUUCAAUUACAUCAACCAGUAAAAUUAUGUUUUCAACAUCUUCAAAUUGACAAUGUUAGUAAUCCUACUUGUGUAUUUUGGGAUUAUACAGAAAAUGGAUGGUCAGAAGAAGGAUGUUCUGUAAUAUAUUCAAAUCAAACUCAUACAUUAUGCAAAUGUAAUCAUUUGACAAAUUUUGCUAUAUUAAUGGAUCUUAAAAAUUCGGAUAGUGAACCUUUAAGCAUUGCAUCAAAUAAUAUGGUCAUGUAUAUAAGUUGUAUAUUUUCUGGAAUUUGUUUUCUAUUGGCCGCAAUUACUCUACAAUUAACAGUUAAAUCAAAUCGGACAGUAAUUUUGAAAAAUGUAUUUUUUUGCCUUUUCUUG